UUUGGGUAGUUGAAUAUUCAUAGUCCAAAAGAUGCCAUUUUGCAGUGAAUUAUACAAUGUAAUGAGUGUUUUAAAUUGAAUUUCCAACUUUGCUUCAUUAUCAUUAUCAUCAUAACCGGCUAUACAGUGUAUAACCAUUAACUCUUCUCUACUCUGAUCAAUCUAAUGGCUGAUAUUGUCAAGUAUGGAAUCAUCGGUGUUGGGAUGAUGGGAAGAGAGCAUGUCAUCAAUCUCUACCAUAUGAGGACUGAAGGUGUAGCUGUGGUCGCCGUAGCUGAUCCCCAUUUGCCUUCCCAAGAACAAGCCAAGAAUCUGGCAAAAUCAUUCAAUUGGCCUCUUAAGGUUUUUUCUGGGCACAAGGAGAUGCUGGAUAGUGGGCUUUGUGAUGUAUUGGUUGUUUCAAGUCCAAACAUGACUCACUGCGAAAUCUUAAUGGAUAUCAUCAGUCACCCAAAGUCUCAUCAUGUUUUGGUGGAGAAACCUCUGUGUACAACAGUUGCAGAUUGCAGAAAGGUCGUAGAAGCUGCUAAAAUGAGGCCGGAUAUACUAUUACAAGUUGGGCUAGAGUAUAGAUAUAUGCCACCUGUGGCUAAACUGAUAGAUAUAGUGAAGGGUGGAAAUUUAGGACGAGUCAAGAUGGUGGCUAUCCGGGAACAUCGGUUCCCAUUUCUAGUUAAGGUCAACAAUUGGAACCGAUUCAACUGUAACACUGGGGGUACCCUGGUAGAGAAAUGCUGCCACUUCUUUGAUCUCAUGAGGCUGUUUGCAGGGACGAAUCCUGUCCGCGUAAUGGCUUCUGGAGCCAUUGAUGUGAAUCAUAAAGAU